AUGGGCUCCGAUCCUCAGUAUGCCAAAUGGCCGCUGUUGCCCUUGAGCCAACAUGUCUUCACUCUCACCAACCCCUAUGCCGCUCGCCCUGCCCAACAAGCCUCUACCAAAGCCCUCCAAGAUGCCAUCACCGAGCACAAGAUGGCACCCCUCUACAGAUACCUCGCCCACCCCACUGAAGGCAUCCUGAACCCCGCUGGCGAGGGCACCUCCUCCACCUCACAGAAGCCUAUCAGCCGGAAGUCAAGUAUCCAGGUCGGCAUGACCGCCACCGGCUCCUCCAAGAGCGCCACCCUGCCGUGGGAUGACGACGUCUACAAGAAGCUCCAGGCCGAGAACGACCAGGAGCUCGAGGGCUUCCAGAAGGAGGAGGACGACGCCGUUGAGAAUGCUGGCGACACCGAGGUCACCGCCGCCCGGGGGAAGAGAGCAGACUUUUACGCUAGAGUCGGCGACAAGGACAAGGCCAUAGCAGCAUACGAAGACCUGUUAGAAAAGACGGGUAUUCUGGGCACCAAGAUCGACAUCGUACUCGCCAUCAUUCGGCUUGGCCUCUUCUUUGGCGACAAGACAUUAGUAAAGAAGCAGGUUGCGAAAGCAAAGACGCUGGUUGAGAGCGGUGGCGACUGGGACCGUCGCAACCGUCUCAAGGCCUACGAGGGUCUUCACCUCCUCACUGUCCGCUCCUACAACCUCGGCGCUCCCCUGCUCCUCGAUUCGCUUUCGACAUUUACCAGCUACGAACUAUGCACAUACUCGAAUCUCGUCGUCUACGCCGUACUGGCAGGCUCUGUUUCCCUGAAGCGUGUUGAUUUCAAGAGCAAGGUCGUGGAUGCUCCCGAGAUCAAGGCCAUCCUGGGAACCGAUGGUGAGGACCGGAUCGCCGCUCUCUCGGGCGCCAUCUCUGCCGGCCCGGGUGCAGACGAGGACAUCGCCAUGUCCGGCACCGUUUCCAAAUCUGCUCAGGCAGCUCCCAAGGGCGUGGUGAACCUGGCCACCCUUGGCUCGGGCGCCGAGGCAGCCGAGGCCGAGGUUGCCGUCGACUUCUCCUCGCUUGCCCAGCUCGUCAACAGUCUCUACAACGGUCACUAUAAGCUAUUCUUCCAGGCACUAGCCCAGGUCGAGGAGCAGUUCCUGACGCAGGACCGAUACCUCCACGAGCACCGGGGCUGGUUCAUCCGCGAGAUGCGUCUCCGCGCAUACCAGCAGUUGUUGCAGAGCUACCGUGUCGUCGGGCUGGAGAGCAUGGCCAGCGACUUCGGCGUCACGGUGGACUUCUUGGACCGCGAUCUCGCAAAGUUCAUCGCCGGCGGCCGCAUUCCCUGCACCAUCGACCGCGUCACCGGCAAGGGCGUCAUCGAGACCAACCGACCGGACGACAAGAACAAGCAGUACCAGGACGUCGUGAAGCAGGGCGAUCAGCUCAUCACCAAGCUGCAGAAGUAUGGCCAGGCCGUGCGCCUCAGGGGUAGCGAAAGGGCUUAG